GUCUCCAUGACAACCCCUGGGUGUGUGACUGCCGGCUCUACGACCUAGUCCAGUUCCAGAAGUCCCCAACUCUGUCGGUGGCAUUCAUCGACACCAGGCUCCGGUGUUCCGCGCCGGAGAGUGUGUCGGGGGUUCUGUUCAGUGAUGCAGAGCUGAGGCGCUGUCAGCUCCCACGUAUCCACACCGCCGUGGCGCGAGUCCGGAGCGCUGUUGGAAACAAUGUGCUGCUCCGUUGUGGGACCAUUGGAGUCCCCAUCCCGGACCUGACAUGGCGCAGGACCGAUGGACGAGCCCUCAAUGGAACAGUCCAGCAGGAAACGUCAAAGGAAGGAAUCACCUGGUCCAUCCUCAGUGUCCCAGCUGUGUCCUAUCAUGAUUCAGGGAAAUACAUCUGCAAGGCCACUAACUACGCAGGGAAUGCAGAGGCUGUAAUUUCUCUCAUUGUCUCUAACUCCCCAAAGCCAGAGGGGAAUCAAACCAGUAGUGAGAAGAAGGCAAAAGUCAAGAAAUCCAACCAAAUAGGCAAAGCUGCCUACCAGGAGAAACUGGUGGCCAGAUACUUGGUUCCAACCUCCACCCCUUCAUCCCUGCCUGCCCUGGAUCCUGGCCUCCCACCUGGGCUUGGUUCUGAGUCUGAUCUAGCCAGUUACAGCCUGGCUGACAGAGCCACACCGGGGCCUGCCACCUCCUCCAACCCAGAUGCAUUGCUGGAUCUGGAGAAGACAAACCUAAGCAACUUGGCUGCCAACACCUCGUCGCUGCAGCAAGACCCGGACAGGGUGGUCCGCUCAGUGAAGGUAGUGGGGGACACAGACAAUACAAUUUCUCUGAACUGGAGAGCCCCUAAAGCCAAGAACACUACAGCAUUUAGUGUGUUGUAUGCUGUGUUUGGAGAGAGGGACAUGAGGAAGAUCAAUGUUGGGGCGGGACAGAACCGUGUAACCAUCGAAGGGCUGGUGCCCAGGACCAAGUACAUUGCCUGUGUGUGUGUGAGGGGGCUGAUCCCAAAGAAGGAGCAGUGUGUGAUAUUUUCCACUGAUGAAGCAGCCAGUGCCACUGGCACCCAGAGGCUGAUUAACGUGAUUGUGAUCACAGUGGCCUGUAUCAUCGCAGUCCCACUCACCGUCAUCGUGUGCUGUGGGGCGCUGAAGAGACGCAUUCAGAAGUACUGGGGAAAGAAGUCCAAGGACAUCCAAGAUUCAUAUGUGACCUUUGAAACGCUGUCACCUGGUACAAAGGCCAAAGGGCUUGAGGGCGAGUAUUUGAACAGACUGAACCCAGAGGAGUCCAACAGGCUGCUGUCGGCCCGCUCCAGCCUGGACUCUGAGGCCACGGCUAAGAUAGAGGGACAGCCCAACGAGUACUUCUGCUGACAUCAUGCUCCAGCUCCGGCUCCUGCUCCACGCCAUCUCCCUCGCACUCAACCACAUCCACGUCCCAGCCAACACACUAACAUGCAUUCACAUACCCUUCACCACCCCCACCUGCAUGUCCAUCCACAUCCAUACCCCCAUCACUACCAGUACUCUCACUCUCAGCGACAUCCUGACGUCAGUCCCCCUCUCACCCACUCCCAUACGCCCACACGUUGGGAUUCCCCCCCACCUGUUCCUCCGCGCUGGAUCACGCCACCAACUCCGCCGCCGCAGAGAGCCAACUUCUAUCAAAGGACCUUUGCACGCUGCACUAUCAUGGAAAUAUCAGUUUAGAGAAUAUUUAACAUUUUAAUUCACUUGUAUUUUAACCAAACAUUGAGGGAAACUCACUGGGUUGUCACACAUGUAUCCACACAGUUAAAAUUAUAAGACAUUUGACACAGCAUCCAAACACACUCAUGCUUUAAUGUCUAAAAGAAUGUUUUUUUUAUUACUAAGCCUGUAAGAGGAAACAAGUCAAAAAAUGAAAUUAUUAUUGUAAUUAAUAUUUAAUUUCACUCACAGGGCCCAGCAAAGAAACCUCUGCAAUCUCAUCUGAUUAAAAGGGAACUCAGCGGUAUACAUUCCAUUGUUUAUAUCAUAUAUGUACGUGUAUGAUUUGUAAAUAUGUUACCUGGAUAAUGUACACACACAUAUACAGUUAUGUCUGUGCCUCUGUAUAAUCUGUCAUACGUUCUCAGAGAAGAUAUACACACAGGCAUGGUUCAACAACUCUGGUGAAUGAAGAAAAAAGCUGGAGCUGGAGAAAGAAGUACAUGAAGGUCUGAACUAUGACACCGUGUAAAUAGCGUGGACAUGAUGCAAAAAUGAAAUGUUAAAAAAAAUAUUUCUACUCCUGGCAAUGAGACACAUACUGAAAUAUCUCUAUGUACCUGUUUUGUGCCACCUAGAGGCAUCAUUACCCCCAAUGAGAUGUAGAUCUGUUCAUUUCAAUUAUAUAAU